AGGGAGCCGUGACGAGUCCGGAAGCGCCUGCGCGCGCCCCUCCUCACGAGAACUAGUUUUGUUCCGUGUCCUCUGGACUGGAACCCUUAGGAGAGAACCCCCGGCAGGACCAGCCUCACGCCCGCCAGCGCCGCCGCAAUGUCCAGCAACAAUUUCGCUUACAAUGAGCAGUCCGGAGGAGGGGAGGCGACGGAGCUGGGUCAGGAGGCGACCUCAACCAUUUCCCCCUCGGGCGCCUUCGGCCUCUUUAGCAGCGAUUUGAAGAAGAAUGAAGAUCUAAAACAAAUGUUGGAGAGCAACAAAGAUUCUGCUAAAUUGGAUGCUAUGAAGCGAAUUGUUGGGAUGAUUGCAAAAGGGAAAAAUGCAUCUGAACUGUUUCCUGCUGUUGUGAAGAAUGUGGCCAGUAAAAAUAUUGAGAUCAAGAAGUUGGUAUAUGUUUACCUGGUUCGAUAUGCUGAAGAACAGCAGGAUCUGGCACUCUUGUCCAUAAGCACUUUUCAGCGAGCUCUGAAGGACCCAAACCAACUAAUUCGUGCAAGUGCUUUGAGAGUUCUUUCAAGUAUUAGGGUACCCAUUAUUGUACCUAUCAUGAUGCUCGCUAUUAAGGAAGCUUCUGCUGACUUAUCACCGUAUGUUAGGAAGAAUGCAGCACACGCAAUUCAAAAAUUGUACAGUCUUGAUCCAGAACAGAAGGAAAUGUUAAUUGAAGUAAUUGAAAAACUUCUGAAAGAUAAAAGCACACUCGUAGCUGGUAGUGUUGUGAUGGCCUUUGAAGAAGUAUGCCCGGAUAGAAUAGACCUAAUUCACAAGAAUUACCGCAAGCUAUGUAACUUACUAGUUGAUGUUGAAGAGUGGGGGCAGGUUGUCAUAAUCCACAUGCUAACUCGAUAUGCUCGGACACAGUUUGUCAGCCCAUGGAAAGAGGAUGAUAGUCUAGAAGACAAUGAAAAAAAUUUCUAUGAAUCUGAUGAUGAACAGAAGGAAAAGACUGACAAAAGGAAGAAGACAUAUGCUAUGGAUCCAGACCAUAGACUCUUGAUUAGAAAUACAAAGCCCUUGCUUCAGAGCAGGAAUGCAGCGGUGGUUAUGGCAGUUGCUCAGCUAUAUUGGCACAUAGCACCAAAAUCUGAAACUGGCAUUAUUUCUAAAUCACUAGUGCGUUUACUUCGUAGCAAUAGGGAGGUGCAGUAUAUUGUCCUACAAAAUAUAGCAACCAUGUCAAUUCAAAGAAAGGGCAUGUUUGAACCUUAUCUGAAGAGUUUCUAUGUUAGGUCAACUGAUCCAACUAUGAUCAAGACACUGAAGCUUGAAAUUUUGACAAACCUGGCAAAUGAAGCUAACAUAUCAACUCUUCUUCGAGAAUUUCAGACCUAUGUGAAAAGCCAGGAUAAACAGUUUGCAGCAGCUACUAUUCAGACUAUAGGCAGAUGUGCAACCAAUAUCUCAGAAGUCACUGAUACAUGCCUCAAUGGCCUGGUCUGUCUGCUAUCCAACAGGGAUGAAAUAGUUGUUGCUGAAAGUGUGGUUGUUAUAAAGAAAUUACUUCAAAUGCAACCUGUACAACAUGGUGAAAUUAUUAAACAUAUGGCCAAACUCUUGGACAAUAUCACUGUUCCUGUGGCUAGAGCAAGUAUUCUUUGGCUAAUUGGAGAGAACUGUGAACGAGUUCCUAAAAUUGCCCCUGAUGUUUUAAGGAAGAUGGCUAAAAGCUUCACUAGCGAAGAUGAUCUGGUAAAACUGCAGAUUUUAAAUCUGGCAGCAAAAUUGUAUUUAACCAACUCCAAACAGACAAAAUUGCUUACCCAGUACAUAUUAAAUCUCGGCAAGUAUGAUCAAAACUACGACAUCAGAGACCGUACAAGAUUUAUUAGGCAGCUUAUUGUUCCGAAUGAAAAGAGUGGAGCUUUAAGUAAAUAUGCCAAAAAAAUAUUCCUAGCACAAAAACCUGCACCAUUGCUUGAGUCUCCUUUUAAAGAUAGAGAUCAUUUCCAGCUUGGCACUUUAUCUCAUACUCUCAACGCUAAAGCUAGUGGGUACCUGGAAUUAUCUAAUUGGCCAGAGGUGGCGCCCGACCCAUCAGUUCGAAAUGUAGAAGUAAUAGAGUUGGCAAAAGAAUGGACGCCAGCAGGAAAAGCAAAGAAAGAGAAUUCUGCUAAGAAAUUUUAUUCUGAAUCUGAGGAAGAGGAGGACUCUUCUGAUAGCAGCAGUGACAGUGAGAGUGAAUCUGGAAGUGAAAGUGGAGAACAAGGAGAAAGUGGGGAGGAAGGAGACAGCAGUGAGGACAGCAGUGAAGACUCCUCCAGUGGGCAGGAGAGUGAGAGUGGAAGUGAGUCAAGAGUAGAGAACAAAAGAACAGCCAAGAGGAACUCGAAACCCAAAGGAAAAAGUGAUUCUAAAGAUGGGGAGAAGGACAAUGAAAAAUCUAAAACUUCAGAUUCUUCCAAUGCUGAAUCUAGUUCAACAGAAGAAAGUUCUUCAGAUUCUGAAUCUGAAUCAGACUCUGAAAGUGAGUCUGAAUCCAGAAGAGUCACUAAGGAGAAAGAAAAAAAAACAAAGCAAGAUAGAAUUCCUCUCACCAAAGAUGUUUCACUUCUAGAUCUGGAUGAUUUUAACCCAGUAUCCACUCCAGUUGUACUUCCCACACCAGCUCUUUCUCCAAGCUUGAUAGCUGAUCUUGAGGGUUUAAACUUGUCAGCUUCCUCAUCAGUCAUCAAUGAAAGAAAAGCACUCCAUCCAAAGUUGGGCACAAAAGGACCGCCAGGUGAUGCAGCUGAGUGAAGCAGGACCACAACACUCACUCCCCAAAAGCUAACAAAAUGAUCAAAUAGUGCUAAAAAGGAAUGGCAACGAGAAACUCACCCAGCAGCCACAACCAAACAAGGAAAGGACUUAGAACAAAGAAAAAGACAUAACUUUGAGACGUGGAACCUAUAGAAAUAAACUGAGUUUUCUGAUACAGAAUGGCAUGGCUCUCAGUAUCACCUGCAGCCAGUUCUCAAAAUAAUAUUGAAAACAAGAUGAAUCAACCAGAUUUUAAGUUUUCUUAUGAUGUGUAUGAAUUUGGAAAAAAGUGGACUAAAGACAUCAGAGGAAAAUAGUCAAAAAAAAAAAAAAGAAAGAAACCCUCAAGAAUUACAACUGUCAUUAAAAAAAAUAAAAAGAAUUACAACUGUCAUAUAAUGUUAUAGGAUCUCAAUAAAUCUAGGAGCUUUUUGGAUCCUGAAAUGAAAUAGAUAAUAGAGCAUAUCCAUAAUUUUAAAGUCAACAUGUCCUAGUUGACUAGGAAGGAGAAAUAAAAGUAAUUUAUAAUAAAAUAUUUACAUUGUUAUGUAAAUUCUUGGCCAUGACUACAUUGGAAGAUAUAGUGAAGUAGUUAAAUAAUGCUGGCACUCGUGUAGAACUCAGGAAUGUGGGGCUGUAUAUAUAUACUGAAGUAGGGGUGUUGCUUGGCAUCUCAAAUGCUAUGGAUUGUGAUAUUGCUAUCAGUGAUAUGAUUUUCCAAACAUUGAACAGGUUUUCUGGACCAAAGUAGUUAUAUUCCUGGAAAACUGAGCAUAUAAAAACAUUGGAAAUAAAAAAAUUCUUUAUACUUGUAUGGAAAUAGUUCAAGGAUCAAGUAAUUUUAAACAGAUUUUCACCUUAUGGAUGUCCCAACAAAAUAUUUAACUGCUAAUUUCAUUUUUCUUAUUAGGAAAUCAAUAAUAUGCAAAAUUUAAACAGAACUUUUGUGAGGGACUGGUACAGUCUUUAUUGUAUGGCUUUGCCCUAUUCAUUGUUGCACAUUUAGCAUCCCUGGCCUUUGCCCCUUAAAGCUAGUAGCAUUCUCUAUUGUCCUUUCCUCCAGUCAUGUUCCAGCUGCAAACAAUGAAAGCAAUAUAAUGUAGCAGUUCAAAGCACAGACUCUUGAGCCAGACUACCUGCAUUCAAAUCAGAGCUCUGUCUUGCAUAAUUAGUGACUUUGGGCAAGUCAAUUUAUUUCUCAGUGCCUCAGAUUUUUCAUCUGUAAAAUAAAGACAAUAAUGCUACCUACCUCAUACGGUGGUUGUUAAUAUUAAAUGAGUUAACAUAUAUGAAAUGUUUAAACGGUAUAUGAUACAUAUUAAGCACUAAGUUUUCCUGUUACUAUUUUUAUCACAUAUAUGUUAGUUGUUAUUACAACUUUAUAAAAGAAAUAAAAUGUGACCCAAGAAAAUUGUGUUAUCUUUUUACUGUUAAGGCUUCAUGUAGAUAUGCUCACACUCAAAAAUAAUUUGAGUCUUUAAAGGAAAGAAGGGGUGGGACACUGCUGAUUGUUGAAACCAAUUAAAGGAUGAUUCAAAAUAAUAGAAGCAGUAAAUAAAGAAAUUAUGGUCAUAGAAUCGAGUGUAAAUGAUAAAAUAAAAAUAAUGUAAGAAACCAAAACUAGAGGGAGAAAAGAGAAAAAUGAGGGGAUAAAUGUUAAUCAUCUCGUUUUUCCAAUGUAGGAAAUCACUGUAAUAUGCAAAAUUGAAACAAAGCUUUUGUUUUUAAUAAAACUCAUAUCUCUUAAUGGUUUAUGUAUACUCGACAUUUAUCU